CGCCGCCGCAGUCCGCGGAGGACCUGCCCGAGCCUGAAGCCGCCCGCCGGCUCGGCGCUCACGGAGGCGAGCAGGCGAGGAGGGGCCGGGGCGAGCGAGCGAGCGAGCACAUUGGCGUGAGCGGGGAGGGAGGGCGGGCGCGGGGGGCGCGGGCAGGGCGGGGGGUGUGUGCUGUGCGCGCUCCGAGGUUUCGGGCCAGCCAUCGCCGCGCGAGCUAGAAGCGCCCCAGCCCGGCAAGCUGGCUCACCCGCUGUCCACCCAGCACAGCCCGCUGGCCCCUCUCCUGCAGCCCAUCUGGAGGAGCGGCGGCGGCGGCGGCGGCGGCGGCGGCGGCGGCGGCAGGAGAAUGGCAUCAGAACUGGCAAUGAGCAACUCCGACCUGCCCACCAGUCCCCUGGCCAUGGAAUAUGUUAAUGACUUCGAUCUGAUGAAGUUUGAAGUGAAAAAGGAGCCGGUGGAGACCGACCGCAUCAUCAGCCAGUGUGGCCGUCUCAUCGCCGGGGGCUCGCUGUCCUCCACCCCCAUGAGCACGCCGUGCAGCUCGGUGCCUCCUUCCCCCAGCUUCUCGGCGCCCAGCCCCGGCUCGGGCAGCGAGCAGAAAGCGCACCUGGAAGAUUACUACUGGAUGACCGGCUACCCGCAGCAGCUCAACCCCGAGGCGCUGGGCUUCAGCCCCGAGGACGCGGUCGAGGCGCUCAUCAGCAACAGCCACCAGCUCCAGGGCGGCUUCGAUGGUUACGCGCGCGGGGCGCAGCAGCUGGCCGCGGCGGCCGGGGCCGGAGCCGGCGCCUCCUUGGGCGGCAGCAGCGAGGAGAUGGGCCCCGCCGCCGCCGUGGUGUCCGCCGUGAUCGCCGCGGCCGCCGCGCAGAGCGGCGCUGGCCCGCACUACCACCACCACCACCACCACGCCGCCAGCCACCACCACCACCCGACGGCCGGCGCGCCCGGGGCCUCUAGCGGCGCGUCCGCCUCGGGCCUGCACUUCGACGACCGCUUCUCCGACGAGCAGCUGGUGACCAUGUCGGUGCGCGAGCUGAACCGGCAGCUGCGCGGGGUCAGCAAGGAGGAGGUGAUCCGGCUGAAGCAGAAGAGGCGGACCCUGAAAAACCGCGGCUAUGCCCAGUCCUGCCGCUUCAAGAGGGUGCAGCAGAGACACGUCCUGGAGUCGGAGAAGAACCAGCUGCUGCAGCAGGUCGACCACCUCAAGCAGGAGAUCUCCAGGCUGGUGCGCGAGAGGGACGCGUACAAGGAGAAAUACGAGAAGUUGGUGAGCAGCGGCUUCCGAGAAAACGGCUCGAGCAGCGACAACCCGUCCUCUCCAGAGUUUUUCAUAACUGAGCCCACUCGCAAGUCGGAGCCGCCAGUGGGAUGCGCCCCGUUUUGGAAGCCCCAGCAACGUGUGCUUACCAGUGUGUUCACAAAGUGAAACUUGCGUGACAGCUAUGCGUUAAACAAUAUUAUUAUUAUUCUUUGCAGUUUCCGAGAACGACUUACCCCUGACUUCCAUUUAGCCUCCUUUUUAAAGAAAAAUUAUUGUGCCAGAGAAAAAGUCUAUUAAAUGUAUAACCACUGUACUAAUUAACAAUUAA